CUCGCCGAGGUGACCGUGGCGGAGGUGCUGAAGGCGGCGGGCUAUUCCACAGCCAUGGUUGGCAAGUGGCACCUGGGGCUGGGUGUUAACGGCUCCUUCCUGCCCACCAAGCAGGGCUUUGACCACUUCCUGGGGGUGCCCUAUUCCCACGACCAGGGUCCAUGCCAGAAUCUCACUUGCUUCCCACCUGACGUCAAGUGUUUUGGGACUUGUGACCAGGGCUUAGUACCGGUCCCACUGCUCUGGAACCAGAGUAUUGUGCAGCAGCCAGUCUCCUUCCCCGACCUAGUACCGCUCUACAACAAGUUUUCCCGGGACUUCAUCACUGACUGUGCCCGGAAAGGCGUCCCCUUCCUGCUCUACUAUGCCUCCCACGUAGGAGAGGGGAAGGGCUGCCCUGGGUGCAGGGGUGGGGGGGAAGCCUCUGUCCUAUGGGCGCUUUGGGAGCACUUUGACUCCUGCGGUCCCAAAUGA